AUGAAGAAGUUCAUACCGAGAUUCGACUUCCCAGAUUACAACAUACCUCGAACCGAUUUCAAAGGCCAUCAACUGAAAGCCCUGAAAAAGUUCGAUUCCCUAAGACCGCAGCUGAACCUAAUCCUAGAGCUCCGCGAUGUGCGCGCGCCGUUGUCGACCCGCAACGUGUUAAUCGACCAACUCAUCGAUCCCCGAAUACACCAGAGACUCGUGAUCUACACCAAGCGAGACCUAGUCGCAGACAAUACACACUACCUGCUAAAGCUAUCCCACUGGCAGCAGGAGAUCGACGAGGACUUCAUCCUCAUCGAUGCCAAGCGACGGCAAUCCGCACGUCACGUGCUCGACAUCAUAAAAUCGUACAAGAGGCAGCUCGAGGUGCGCAGCCAGGGCCUCGCGCUGCCCACGGGCUACAAGGUGCUCGUUGCGGGCAUGCCCAACGUGGGCAAGUCGACGCUGAUCAACACGCUGCGCGGCGCAGGGAGCAAAGUCGCCCGGACGGGUGCCGAGGCGGGCGUUACCCGCAGCACCAGCGAGACCAUCCGCAUAGGCGAGCCGCACGACAACAUCUACCUGAUCGAUACUCCCGGGAUCGGGCUUCCGGGACGGCUCGUCAACGAGCGACAGCGCAUGCUGUCGCUGUCGCUGUGCGGCUGCGUCAAGACCAACCUGGUCGACCCCGUCGUGCAAGCGGACUACCUGCUCUACCUGGCCAACCUGCAAGAGCCUCACAAGCACUACCCGGGCGCUCCGACCAACGACGUGUACAAGCUGCUGCGACGCGUGCAGCCCCGGGGCGCUCCGCGCGACAAUGCCACCGCGGCCGCGGUGCAUUGGCUGCGGCAGUCCCACAGGGGACUGAUCUACGACCGCGAGCUUCUGCUUGACACUGACUCCUUUUCGCUCCGCGGCUAUCUGUCCCGGCAACCGCAACCGGAGCCGCAAGCGAAACAGCAAUCACGCGUGACGGCCCACGACCGCCGUCUGCAGAAUGUCCACCAGUUGUUUCCGAAACUCUCCGGCACACAAUGA